AAAAAAAUAUAAUGGGAAAGAAAGAUAAGAAGAGUAAAAACAAGAUAAGCGGCGCAGAGAAAACUACGCUGAAAACUGAGAAGAAACUCGAUGCCAAGCAGAAGAAAAAGUUAGCAGCUCUUGGUGAGGAUGACAUAGAGAAAGUUGUGGCUGAAAUUGAAAAGGAAGAAGCUCGUAGACAAUGUGUUAAGGAAAUAGUGGUAGAACCACCAUCCAGACGAGUUUACUUCACUCUGACAGCACAUCCUUUUAAGGAUGAACUUAUUAUGCUUGGUGGACAAUUUCAUGAUGGUCGUCAGACUCUUGUAUAUGGUGAUAUGUUUUUCUACAAUAUAAAUAAACAAGAAUGGACACUGAUAAAAGCACCAUGUGCACCACCGCCACGUUGCAGUCACCAGACAGUAGCCACUGCAGCAAAUAAUGGCGAAUUAUGGGUAUUUGGUGGUGAAUUCACUAGUCCGAGUGAAUCCCAGUUCUACCACUAUCGUGAUUUGUGGGUGUUUCGAUUCUCCAACAAAAAAUGGGAAAAGAUAAUGGCUCCAAACGGUCCAUCAGCCAGAAGUGGACAUAGAAUGGUGCACACAAAGAAGCAGCUCAUAGUUUUCGGUGGUUUUCACGAUGAUCAACGGCACGACUAUAAGUAUUUUAACGAUGUGCACAUUUUUGAUCUGGAAACUUAUACGUGGCAGAAAAUCGAACCUGCUGGUAUACCGCCUGCUCCUCGAUCUGGCUGCAUAUUAUUACCAACUAUCGACAAUAAACUCGUCGUAUACGGCGGAUACAGCAAGAUAAAGUUAAAAAAGGACGUGGAGAAAGGCUGCGUUCAUGAUGAUAUGUUUCUUCUGACACAAGUGAACAAAAACGACGCGAUCAAAUACAAAUGGACUUCCGUGAAGCAAAGUGGAGUCCGCGUGAGUCCGAGAUGCGGCGCUUCCGCCACUCUAACUCAACACGGCGCCAAUCAAGCAUUUGUAUUCGGCGGCGUUUACGAUGACGACGAUGACGAAGAAACUCUACGUGGAACGUUCUACAAUGAUUUGUUCGCGUUAGAUCUGGAAAAGUUGCACUGGCGUGCUGUAACUUUGUCUGAGAAAAAAGAAACCACUGACGGCACUGAAGAAACAAAAAGAAGAAGGAGGAGGAAGAAACAGAAGGACGAGACGAGAACAAGCGAUGAUGAGGAAGAGGAAGAAGAGGGGGAGGAAGAAAACGAAGGUUCUGACGAAAAAGAGGAAUCGGAAGAGUCUCCUUCCGCACAGUCAGUUGUUGUAGAAGACGAUGGAAUAUUUACAGUCACGAUUGGUCCAGCGUCGUCGCGCAUUGGAUCUUCUCUCCCGGAAAUAUCUUCUAUGGCGAUCACCGAAGAGAAAAAGUUCCGUCCGUUGCCGCGUAUUAACGCCGGAAUGGCGGUGAAACACAACGUUCUGUACCUGUACGGCGGUAUGGUAGAGGAAGGCGAACGGGAAUACACUCUUCGCGAUUUUUACAGUUUAGAUUGCCGGAAACUUGACAAGUGGAACAUCCUGAUGGCGGAUGAUUUGUCGCAAACGUGGUUCGAAUCCUCGGACGAUUCGGAAGAUUCAGAAGAGGACGAAAGCGAGGAAAGUAAUUCGCAAGAAGAAAGUGAAAAUAAAAUGGAUGUCAAAAAUCGUCCUCGCAGUGCAAAUUUUCUCUGUGAAUAAACAAAAAAAUUCAAUUAUAAGAAAAAAGUUUCUAAAAAAAUAUUUGUAAAACUUGAGAAAAAACUGUUAAAAAAGUAAGAUUUCUCUUGAAGUAUCUUUCCCACA